AUGCAUGUUGUGACGUUUCACACGUUCACUUUCAGGACCUUGACCUCUGCUGAAUUUCUGAAAAAGUCACAGAACGAGCCAUGUUUACAGUACAAACGUGGCAGCGAGGAGCUAAAGUUACUGAACGAAGCUAUCGACCGUCUUUGGGGCACGGUGACCAGGAUUCCAGUGGUCAUCGGUGACGAAGAGUUCGACACUGGAAAACAUUUCGACCAGCUAGUUCCGUUUGACCAUCAGCACAAGUUGGCAUCCUACAUUCAUGCUGACAAAAUACUUCUGAACAAAGCCAUUGACGUCGCGGUGAAAGCUCGAAAGGCAUGGGAUCUGAAACCGAUUAGCGAGAGAGCGGAGAUUUUCCUCAAAGCCGCCGACCUGGCAUCCUCCAAGUACAGGAUGGACCUAAACGCGGCCACUAUCCUCGGACAAGUAAGUAGUUUCUUCUGUUGAAC